UCCUUCUUUUCAGGUUGGUUCAGCCCCUGUCUACUCAGGGGUGGUGCUUAGCCGGCGCCAGACAGACCCUCGACUUCGGAGGGGCAGCGCUGUUCCCCUGGGAGCUUUCGCCUCCCCUUCUUCAGCCUCUCCAUCCUCCUCGGCCACCUUACCGCCCGCGGGGACCCGAGACACUGGUGUAUGCCCCACCCUUGACCCUGCUAGAGAUAUGUCUACCCCGGCUCGGCGGCGCCUCAUGAGAGACUUCAAGAGGCUGCAGGAAGAUCCCCCGGCCGGAGUCAGUGGGGCUCCGUCAGAGAACAACAUAAUGGUUUGGAACGCGGUCAUUUUCGGGCCUGAAGGGACCCCGUUUGAGGACGGAACAUUUAAACUUACAAUAGAAUUCACUGAAGAGUAUCCGAAUAAACCACCUACAGUUAGAUUUGUCUCUAAGAUGUUUCAUCCAAAUGUCUAUGCAGAUGGUAGUAUAUGUCUGGAUAUACUUCAGAACCGUUGGAGUCCAACCUAUGAUGUUUCUUCCAUCUUAACAUCCAUACAGUCUCUAUUGGAUGAACCCAAUCCCAAUAGUCCAGCAAACAGCCAGGCUGCCCAGCUGUACCAGGAGAACAAGAGGGAAUAUGAAAAGCGUGUUUCUGCAAUCGUAGAACAGAGCUGGCGUGACUGUUGACCUCAGGUGGAGCAAAAGAAGCUGGCUAUAAGAAAAAUAUGUAUUGAUGAAUUUAUCACCUUCUUAUUCCUCAAUGUUAUUACAUUUACUUUAUUAAAAGCAAAAUAGCUACCGUGCUGUUUCCAUCUUCCCUUGCCAAGUUUUCCUACCCCUUCUACCCUCUUGUUAAACAUCAAAAUACACCCUCUGAAAUCAAAUGUACUGUACCUGGGUUACUUGCAAAAAUUACUAAUGCUUAAUAUUUUUUGUUGUUGCUCAUCUCCAGCUUUCAGGCAGUUAUCUGUAUUAUUAUACUUUAUACUAAAUUUUUAAGAUGAAUGCUAUAUAAUGGUUCUUAUGAUGAUCAGGAUAUUAUUUUUAACAAAAUAAUUUGCUGAAGUGUUUAAUCCUGGCCAAUUCUUCCUUUGUGUGGGAAUCAGAAGUGAAUGUGUGGGCUGUAGAAAACAGGGAAACAAAUCCAUAUAAAGAUCCAUUUUGAAAAAGAAAUAGGGGCUAAAAAAAUCCUAUGAUACUAAUUCCUAAGCAAUAUAAAUGACAAGAUGAUAUUUAUUGGUAGGAAGAAUGCUGAACGACCCAGCAAAGGAAGUGCA